CAGGUGCUCAACAGCCUCCCCGAGUACAUCCAGGGCCCCUGUACUGGGAACCAGCAGAGCCUGGCCCACAGCCGCCUCUGGGACGCCGUCGUCGGCUUCCUGCACGUCUUCGCACACAUGAUGAAGAAGCUGGCCCAGGACUCGUCCCAGCUAGGGCUGCUGAAGGAGCUGCUGGACCUGCAGAAGGACAUGGUGGUGAUGCUGCUGUCCCUGCUCGAAGGGAACGUGGUGAACGGCACCAUCGCCCGGCAGAUGGUGGACAUGCUGGUGGAGUCCUCCAGCAACGUCACCAUGAUCCUCAAGUUCUUCGACAUGUUCCUGAAGCUGCGCGACAUCGUCUCGUCCGACGCCUUCCGCCACUUCGUCACCGACCCGCGCGGGCUCAUCUCCAAGAAGGACUUCCAGAAGGCCAUGGACAGCCAGAAGCAGUACGAGCCCGACGAGAUCCAGUUCCUGCUCUCCUGCUCCGAGGCCGACGAGAACGAGAUGAUCGACGUGGAGAGCUUCGCCCAGCGCUUCCAGGAGCCGGCGCGCGACAUCGGCUUCAACGUGGCCGUGCUGCUGACCAACCUGUCGGAGCACGUGCCGCACGACCAGCGCCUCAAGACCUUCCUGGAGCAGGCCGAGAGCAUCCUGGACUAUUUCCGGCCGUUCCUGGGCCGAAUCGAGAUCAUGGGGGCGGCGCGGCGCAUCGAGCGCAUCUACUUCGAGAUCAGCGGCGCCAACAAGGCGCAGUGGGAGAUGCCGCAGGUCAAGGAGUCCAAGCGCCAGUUCAUCUUCGACGUGGUCAACGAGGGCGGCGAGGCCGAGAAGAUGGAGCUCUUCGUCAACUUCUGCGAGGACACCAUCUUCGAGAUGCAGAUCGCCUCGCGCAUCUCCGAGGAGGAGGCGCCGCGCGACGAGGAGGAGGAGGAGGACGAGGACAGGGAGGAAGAGGAGCCGGCCGAGGCGCCGGCGCCGGCGCUGCCGGGUUUCGGGGCGCUGCGGCGGCUGCUGGGGUCGCCCCAGACGUGGCGCCGCAGGAUCAGGAGGCUGCGCAAGAAGUCGGGGCGCGAGCUGGCGUGGGAGGCGGGAGUGGGCGCGGGGCGCGUGGCGCUGGGGGGGCUGCUGGGGGUCGGGGAGCCCCCCGGGGCUGAGCCCCCCACCCCCGAGGGGACCCCCAUCCUGCGCAGGAAGAUCGGGGAAAUGGCAGAGCAGGUGGGGGAGGCUCAGAAGGAAGAGGAGCCCCCGGCCGAGACCGAGAAAGCCGACACAGAGAACGGGGAGAAGGGCGGGGGUCCCGAGGUUGCCGAGGAGGGGCCGGAGCCCCGCGCCCCCCCCCCGAAGCGGCGCAAGUCGGUGCCCCGGGAGCGCCGGGAGCCCCCGGCCGAGGGGGGCUUCGACUUCUGGGGAGAGCUGGAGGUGCAGAGGGUCAAGUUCCUGAAUUACCUGUCGAGGAAUUUCUACAACUUGCGGUUCCUGGCGCUGUUCCUGGCCUUCGCCAUCAACUUCAUCCUCCUCUUCUACAAGGUGCGGGGGUUUGGGGGGUCCUGGGGGGAUUUGAUCCCCCUGGUGAUCUUCAAGCGCGAGAAGGAGGUGGCGCGGCGCCUCGAGUUCUCGGGGCUCUACAUCACCGAGCAGCCGCCCGACGACGACGUCAAGGGACAGUGGGACCGCCUGGUGCUCAACGCCUUGGAAGCUGGGCUGUGGGAAGGGGGCUUCACCCCCACUGACCCCCCCCUUUUUCUGCCCUGA